GGGGGGCAGGGGGGGGCCUGGCACCCCCUGACCCUGUCGGGCACCACCCAUCAGGAGUGGACCUGGCACCCCCUGUGGCCUGGCCGGUUGGUCAAAUAUCAACUUCAAUCUAUCACGGUGGCAGUCACGAGGAGUUGGAGUUGGAGUUGGAAGCGGCAUGGGCCUGGCUCCUGGCCGCCUGGGCACUGGCCCAAUUAAUAAAUACACCUUUAUUCCUGCCGCCAGACGCAGACGCCAAUACCGAGUCGUCCAGUCGCUCCUCCGUUUGUUCUGUUCCUUCUCCUGCCGCCGCCGCCGCCAGUCAAAAAAAAGACGAGGAAUCAAUCCAAGGAUUCAAGGAUGAGGCCAGCCAUGCGCUGAUGCGUAGCAGGCAGCAGCGUCUCCUGGAUUUGUGGUUCGUUUGCGCAGCUUGUUUUCUCUUAUCUUUAUUUUUCUAGGUUAUAAAUCUUAGGUAUUUUUUAUUUAUGUGUUUCAUGAUGCACGUACAGUCGUACAGAUGAUUAAUAUGAAGAAGAGAAAGACUAUCAAUAGUUUUUUUAAGCCGAUUGGCUCAAGUGCUCCUGAUCUAGAAGGGGAAACUCAUAAUGAUCAUGUACAAAAUUCUAAUAAUCAGAGUAAUGUUGCUGCUACCACUGAACCAAUCGAAGCCGAGGUUGCCGAGCAUCCACCAGUUAUUGCUACUAGAUUUGAGAGAGACCCUGGUAAACGUGUUCAGAUAUUGGAAUUGUCAGCGGAUCAACAAGAUGAAGCUCGAAGAUUUUAUAUUUCAGAGGGUCCAUAUCAACCUGUGUUGGCAGAGUACCCACUUAGUGAAUUAGCUCAUCGUCGUCGAUUUCAGAGUAACUGGUUCAAGCAAUUUACUUGGCUAGAAUAUUCACCUCAUACAAACCGUGCUUACUGUCUGCCAUGUUUUUUAUUUUCUAAGAAGCCAAUUGGGAAAGUUGGAUCAGAUACAUUCAUAGUAAAGGGGUUUCAGAAUUGGAAGAAAGUUAAUUGCGGAAAUGAAUGUUCUUUUCUAAAACAUAUGGGAGAUGCCGGCUCAGCCCACAAUUAUUCUGUUCGGUGUUUUAAUAAUCUUAAGAACACAAUGGCUCAAAUUGACAAUGUGAUUGUUAAACAAAAAGAGAUAAUGGUUGCAAAAGGAAGACGAAGGCUUGCGACUACGAUUGAUUGCAUUAGGUGGUUGACAUUCCAAGGUUGUCCCUUUAGAGGCCAUGAUGAAUCUCCAGAGUCAAUAAAUAGAGGUAACUUUAUUGAAAUGGUCAAGCUUUUGGCUUCCUAUAACACGGAGGUUAAUGAGGUUGUUUUGGAAAAUGCUCCCAAAAAUGCAAAAUACACUUCACCUGAUGUCCAAAAGGAAAUUCUAAGCAUACUUGCUCGAAAAGUGCAGAAAUCAAUUAGAGAAGAAAUUGGCAAUAGCAAAUUUUGCAUAAUGGUUGAUGAAGCUCGAGAUGAGUCCAAAAAAGAGCAAAUGGCGAUAGUCCUCCGAUUUGUCAACAAGGAAGGCCUUAUAAAGGAGCGUUUCCUUGAUCUGAUCCAUGUUAGUGAUACUACAGCUUUGACACUUAAAGAGUCAAUUUGUGCUGUCCUCUCAGCUAAUGGCCUAAGCAUACAAGAUAUAAGAGGUCAAGGUUACGAUGGGGCCAGUAACAUGAGAGGGGAGUGGAACGGAUUGAAAGCUCUAAUUCUCAAUGAGUGCCCAUAUGCAUAUUAUAUUCAUUGCAUGGCUCAUCAGCUUCAGUUGGCCCUCGUAGCAGCAUCAAGGGAGGUACAUGAGGUACACAAUUUUUUUCAGCAUGCAAAUUUCAUCAUAAAUGUUGUUAGUACUUCUCCUAAGCGCAACGAUGAGUUGCUAGCAAAACAAGCAGAGGAAAUUGCCCAUGAAAUUGAAUUGGGAGAGCUUGACACAGGACGAGGGGCAAAUCAGAUUUCCUCCCUACAAAGGCCAGGGGACACUAGAUGGAGUUCCCACUAUAGGUCUAUUCUAAGCUUAAAGAAGAUGUUUGGUGCCACAGUUUCAGUCCUACGCAACAUUGCUAAUGAUCGUUCAGUUUCAAAGUAUUCUCGGGGAGAUGCCAGUGGUGCCUUACGAAUCAUUGUCACAUUUGAUUUUGUGUUUAUUCUACUCCUAAUGGAAAAGAUUAUGAAGAUCACUGAUGUAUUGUGCCAGACACUCCAAAAGAAGAGCAUUGAUAUCUUAAAUGCGGUGGAUUCUGUUUCUACCACAAAAGUGUUGCUUGGUGAGUUGCGAGAUAAUGGUUGGGAACCUCUUCUUGAGGAGGUCAAAUUAUUUUGUGGAAAGCACGAAAUUGAUAUUCCGGAUCUGAGUAAGAAGUAUGUUGAUGUGACAAAAUCUCGAAACAAGAACGACAACACCACAGCCUUUCACCAUUACAAAGUAGAUGUGUUUAAUGUUGCAAUUGAUCAACAGCUAGCAGAGUUAGAAGAUCGAUUCAGUUCUCAAGCGACAGAGCUUUUGUCCCUUUGUGCUUCUUUGGAUCCUAGGCUGGACACAUUCAACAUAGACAAUAUAUGCACUCUGGUAGAAAAAUAUUAUCCUGCUGAUUUCUCAAGUCAAGAAAGAGCUCAAUUAGAGUGUCAGCUGCCACAUUUUCAAAUUGAUGUAUGCAACAGUCCAGAACUAAAGGAAUUAUCAACACUUGCUGAUCUAACAAGUGGACUAUUUAAAACAGGAAAAUAUUCAUCUUAUCCUAUGGUGGACAGGUUAUUAAGAUUAGUAUUAACUCUUCCAGUAUCAACUGCAACCACCGAAAGAUGCUUUUCAGCUAUGAAACUUGCGAAGACACGUCUCAGAUGUACAAUGGGAGAUGGAUUUCUGCGAGAUUGUUUGGUAAUUUAUAUUGAGAAGGAAUUGGCUGCAUCAAUCAGUACUGAUGAUAUUAUUACAGCAUAUGAUCUUGCUGCUAGUCGAAGAGCUAAAUUUAAAUUGAUAGAUAUGUAAUUUUAUUUUGGUUAAGACUUAUAAAACAUACUAUUAUUAUAUCAUUAUAUGUGACUAAAAUCAGCUCACGUGGCUAUCGGUUCUACAUUGCUUUGUUCAUUGCCCCCCCUUACUUCAAAUCCUGGCUCCGCCCCUGGGCG